AGAGCCCAGAUGCUGGCAGCCAGAUGCUCCUGAGAACUGCAGCCUACUCCUUGACAUUCAACAUUCACCCACACUGAACCAGAAGCUAUCACCAUGACAAGGGACCAGAAUGGAACCUGGGAGAUGGAGAGUAAUGACAACUUUGAAGGCUACAUGAAAGCCCUAGAUAUUGAUUUUGCCACCCGCAAGAUCGCAGUACGUCUGACUCAGACAAAGAUCAUUGAUCAAAACGGCGAUAACUUCAAGACAAAAACCAACAGCACGUUCCGCAACUAUGACCUGGAUUUCACCGUUGGAGUGGAGUUUGAGGAACACACAAAGGGCCUGGACAAUCGGACUGUUAAGACGCUAGUCACCUGGGAAGGCGAUGUCCUGGUAUGCGUGCAGAAGGGGGAGAAAGAGAACCGUGGCUGGAGGCAGUGGGUUGAGGGGGACAAGCUGCACCUGGAGCUGACCUGCGGUGACCAGGUGUGCCAUCAAGUGUUCAAGAAGAAGUAAUGGCCCACGAGGGGGCCUGCUGAGCACGUGCUCCACACUUCCCACAUGGGUUCUCUGUGGGCUUAGGGAAGCAGCCAUGGAGACCCUCCCCUCCUAACAGAGCCCAGUAAGGCAUCUGGAUGGGUUUUAAAACAGAAUGAGUGUGUUAACAGUUGACAAAUAUAUACUUCCUUCGUUGAAACCUGGCAUUAAAUGAAAAAACAAAAAUCA